AUGACUACGGCAGAGGCUGUGCAACUUGAGGCGUUUUUGUCGGCCAUGUUACACUACUCACCUACAAUACCGGAUGAGCUAGUUGAAUAUUAUUUACAGCGUGUUGGGUUUUCUUCCCACGACGUGCGGGUCACUCGACUAAUCUCGCUGGCCGUGCACAAGCUCCUAGUGGAUGUGAUUCACGAUGCGAUGCAAUAUCAACGUAUUCGCUCGCAAACUACGUCAUCUUCGACGACUGGAUCAGGUUCUCUGGCGUUAUCAGCCGCUCCGACAUCCGAUGGAGCAUCUCCAACUGAUACUCGUGCUGUACUAACGAUGGAGGAUCUAGCAGCCAGUUUAAAGGAAUAUGGUAUUAACAUAUGCAGACCGGAAUACGUGAGUGAUACAGCAGAUGAUCCUGCAACCUAUUGA